AGUUAAGGACAAUGGUUUUUGUUUUCUUUCUCUCUACUUUCUCUCGCUAGAGAGUGGAUACCCACAGUCCUUAUUAGUCGCUACUCUUUCUCUCUCUCUCUCUGCUCGACGACCACUUAACAUUCACCCGUUUCCGUCUAUUAUCCGGCGCACCCCCACCCAACUCUGGAUAUUCUUGUCUGCUUUCCGGCGCCUGUUUGCAAACGCUGUCCCCCGAUUGAUGACAGCAAGCCCCCUGAUCUGGAAGUUGAAGAGAAGAAGACGAAGGAUCGGAGAAGGGUAGAAUCGUAACUUUCCCUCUCAAGAUUGUUCGAGACGGCGUCCAUGGAGGUCUUUGUUGGACCCACCUUCGGUAUCGAUGUCUCUUCACCGCCAGCCUACGUGAUGGAUCCGGCACAGGACAAGCACCCGGUCGCCUCCUGCUUGUUCCUCAAGGAGGACGGAGCUGGUUCAGAGAUCUGCGUCCCGAACAAGCCUCAGCCUGCGGAUGAGUCAUCCGAUUGCUCCUCGUCGAUCGGAGCUCCUGAGGACAGCGACGAAGAUGGCGUGUCAUCUCAAGGCGACGCCGACGAAGUCCAGAGCAAGUUUCGAGGCGGAUCGUUCAGUACUUUGGACUCGAUUGAAGAGGCUCUUCCGAUCAAGAGUGGAUUAUCAAACCACUUUUCUGGAAAAUCAAAGUCGUUUACAAAUUUAGCAGAGGUGAGCGUAGUGACGGAUCUUAAGAAGAAAGAGAACCCAUUAAACAAGAGGAGGAGGUUAUUAAUUGCAUCAAAGUGGUCAAGGAAGUCAUUCUACAGUUGGGCUAACCCAAAAUCUAUGCCUCUUUUGACUCUGAACGAAGAUGAAGAACAUCAGUUCCAAGGACAAUCAUCCAUGGAGGACAAGGAUAAAGAACAUGAUAGUCAUGAUGAAUAUGACGACGAAGCGUGUGGAUUUCGCCAUGGAAGGUUAUCAAAGCUUCAUGACAGAAGACUUAAUAGUUUCAAGAUAAGGAGUUGUUUCUCACUUGCAGAUCUGCAAGAACACAAAGAAUCAUAAUUAUAAUUAUAAAAUGCCUUCUUUUUUUAAUUUGUUUUUUAAUAUGAUGGAUUGUGUAUUUGCUAUACCCACUCCCCCAAACAAAAAUAAAUAAAUAAUGAUGAUGAUAUA